AUGUCCAUCUCGGUCGAUGCGCCCCCGCCGACGCAGUCGUUGAGCCAAGCCCGGACCGACCACUCCCACUCCCACUCCCACCCCCACCCCCAUGCACUGCCCACCACCUCCUCGACGACCGCACCCUCCUCUUCCAGCACGAACCCGACCCCUUCCGAAGACGAGCCGCUCCCCCAAGCGGCCAAGGUGAUCGACGACCGGCUGCUCAGGGACGAGCAAUGGGUUCCCGUCGGCGACAGGCUAGGCUGUACGUUCGAGCACGUUCGAGCACGUUCGAGCACGACCCCACAGCGUACAUCAAACUUCCCGGUCUGACCCAAACUUGCCUCGCCACAGUCGGAGCAUCGUACGACUAUGUACCGCGUCCCCAUCCCGCGUGGUCACCCUUUGUCAAGAGACGGACCGUCGCACUCCCCGACCGCCUCUUUGACGAAUACACCUGUGCGUCCACAUCUCCCUCGCACCCACCCGAGCACCACAAACUGACUGCCCUCCUCUUCUCACAUAGCCACCGCCCACUGCACCAUGGGUCUCUCGACCGAGAUCGAACGCGCGUGGGUCACCAUCGACCAUCGGCUCCUGCUCUGGGACUGGGCCGACGGGUCCUCCUGCACGACCUUUGACCAACUCGACGACAUCAUCAUCGGCGUCGCGCUCGUACGACCGAGACCGAACGUAUUCGUCGACGCCAUCUCCUACCUCCUCGUGCUCGCGACCUCGACCCAGAUCACGCUCGUCGGAUUGGGCUACGCGCCGACCGAGACCUCGUCGACGCCCGACAUCACCUUUUACCUCACCGGUCUCUCCGUCUCGUCCGAGGCGCUGCCCUUCACCCACAUCCAAGGCACCUCCACCGGUCGCAUCUUUCUCUCCACCUCGCCCGAAGCCGUACUCCCCAACGGCAGACCGGGCGACGGAGCGCUCUACGAACUCGUCUACCAAUCCUCCGAAGGAUGGUUCGUCAAGCGCUGCUCCUUGCACAACCUCACUUUCGGUAGCAUCACCCAAUCCCUGGUCCCGUCCUUCUUGAGAAACUUGGCCGCCGUGAGCCCCAACGAAUGGAUCAUCAGCUUUCAGCUUGACAACGAGCGCGGCCUGCUCUACACCCUUCUGAGGAACGGCACCAUCGAAAUGUACGAGCUCCCCUCCUCUUCCCCUUCAGCCCGCUUCGACGGACCGCCGAACAAGCUCGCACGAACCGGCGACGUGCUCCGUGCCGCACGAGAGCUGUGCAAGUCCCCCGCCUUGGAGGGCACCUCCUUCCGCAUCGUCGCCUUGCACAUCAUCGCCCUCCAGGAGAGCGAAAAGGACAAGGUCGCCUUGGUCGCCAUCACCAACACCGGUGUGAGGCUCUACUUUACCCAUCAGCGGAGGUAUCCUUCGUAUGCGCAAAGCUCCAUCAGGGCCUUGGAACUCUUCCACGUUCGGCCACCGCCCUUCAUCCCUACCCAGACCGCACACGCUCCUCAGCCACCCACAUCGACGUUCUACGGUGCCCCAUCGACCCAACAACAGCAACCACCACCACCUUCACAGCCCCUCGCUUCAGCCUCGUCGACCCCAUCCGAAUUCACCUUCAAAGCCAUCAACCAAGCCAUCUACGCCAGUGGGGGCCUGCUCGUCGCCGCCAACAACCGUUCCGAGGAAAUCGGCGUCCUCUUCCUCGCUGCACCCGAUAACGCCGCCGCAUCUCAACAAGCGAACCUCGGCGGUCCUUCAUCCUCUUCCACUACCACGAUGACGAGCAUGUCUCAUAAUGGGCCCGGAGCAUUAACCACUACAACGGGGCAACGAACCUUCUCCGAAAUCGCUUCGACGAUCGAAAUAGGUGGACAAACAUGGGAAAUGGCCGAAAUCCAGGAUCGAUCUGCGAAUUCGGGGCUGGUUCCGGGGGGUAAGACGGCGUUGAACGAGUUGGCAACGCAGGUGGCGUUGCCGAGGAGGGAGUGGGUUGUUUUGACCGAUAUGGGCGCCAAUGUGGUCGCGAGGCAGAGACCGAUCGAUACGUUGGUGGAUCUGUUGGAAGGAGCUUCGGGACUGGGUGGGAAUCAGGCGCAUGGGGAUGUGGCUAUCUUCUUCACUGCGUGAGUCUUUUGUUCAUCUUGCACAAAGUGUGAGGGUACAGGCUAAUCCUCGUCUCUUUUGAUCACACCACAGCUUUGGCUUGAACCAAAGCUGCGCCAUGCUGCUCGCCAUCGCCGCCGGCAACUCGCGCCUCACCAGAACCGUCUCGGACUCGACCUCCCCCUCCACGCACCUAAACGGCGGCUCGACCUACGUUUCCAACUCACGCAACCCUACAAGCGCAGUGGAGAAUGCCAAAGCGCUCUUCUUCGAACAUGGUGGACGACCCGUCGCUGUUGACCGGGGAGGGUUUGGAUCCCAACAACUUAGCUCGAACGCUUCGUCAGGUGGAGGUCAAGUGAUCUUUUCCGGUAAACACGAAGGGUUGGCCUUCUACCUCGCUCGUUUGCUGCGACCCAUUUGGUCCGCCAAAGUGACCCGAACCCUUCCCGGCGCUUCUUGCCCUGCCGGCUCUUCGCCCCGCCAAGUGUCCAACGUCCCCGAAAGCGUCUUGACUCAAGUGCAACGGGACCUUGUCUCCCUCCGCACCUUCAUCGAAGCCGAAUCGCGUCUGUUCGCCCUUCCCUCGAACCUAACCCAAGCACCUCACCUCACCUACGCCUACCAAACCGAACAAACCUCUCUCGAAGCUCUACGAUCGCUCCUCGUCCGAUCCGUCGAAGCCAUCUCCUUCGUCCUCCUUCUGAUCGAUUAUCAAAUCUCGGACUUGGUCGCCAUGUGCGAUCAGGGUACGCAGAACACGUUGUUGGGUUUGAGUUGGCAGGAUCUGUUGACUAAGAAGGUCGGGAGGGAUGUGGCGAGGAAGUUGGUCAGUGCGGUCAUCAAUCAGCAGAUUGGGAGGCAGUUGAGUGUGAGUCGUGGUUUUGUGAUGGUUUUUGUGGGGAAGAGCUGGUCGGGGUGGUGGUACUGAUGCUUUUUGGGACGGUGACAGGUCGAUGCGAUCAGCGAGACGUUGCAGCAGAGGUGUGGGUCGUUCUGUAGUGCUGAUGAUGUGCUGCUGUACAAGGUACGCACCGAUCUUAAUGGCUACUCUACCCUAACUGGCUACGGAUCAUCCACUCACACCCUGGGCCUCACACCCACAGGCGAUUGAAGCGACCCGCCGAGCCAAGGAUACGAGCGAUCCCUCGGAACGCAUCGACUGCCUCCGCGAAUCCUUGCGUCUCUUCAUCAAAGCCUCUAAGCAACUCUCGUUCGAACGCGCCAGCGAAGUCUGCCACGAAUAUAUCGAGCUGAGGUACUACCUCGGAGCGAUCGAACUCGCCGUCGCGUGUGCGCACGAAUGGGAUCCCACCGAUCGUGCUCUGUCCUUUGCGUUCGAAGGUGAACCUGCCAACGAUCCUCGGAAGGCGAUCUUUGACCUGCAUCAGAAAUGCCAUCAACUCGUUUUCAAGACCUUGUUGAGCACGGACGAUUUAUUGAACGAAGCGAUGAACUCGAACAAUCCGGGAGCGGUGUCCUACGCCGAAGCGGACAGUCUCCGUUCGAACGCUUACGACAAGGUGCUUUCGAUCAAGGACCAAUUCCUCCAUUUCGAACUGUACGCAUGGUACCUAUCCCAAGGACGAACCGACGCUCUACUCGAAGCUCGAACGCCCUACCUCGAGGCCUAUCUGGCCCAAGAACCGACGACGUUGGAAAAGACCGAUCUGUUAUGGCGGUUCUACGCCCGUACAUCGCGCCACGAUCUCGCCGCGGGCGUUUUGGCCCAUCUAGCGGAAACGACCCAAUUCCCUCUCUCCAUCUACAAACGCGUCGAAUACCUCUCCCUCGCGGUGGCGAAUGCGAAAUCUCAAUUCCCCAGUACGCAUGCCCAAGCCGUGCAAUUCCUUACCGACGUCGAAGAGAAACUUGAAGUCGCUCAAGUACAGAUCGAGAUCUAUCGAGCGAUCGAGGGCUUGGACAACGAGGAGAUGACGGAGGAGGAGAGGAGACAAUGGUUGGAUCGCGUCGAAGAUCGUUUGUUCACGAUUUCAGAGUUGUAUUCCGAGUUCGCGGAACCGCUGAGGUUGUUGGAGAUCGUGUUGCUCAUCUUUCAUGUGUCGGAUCAUCGAGAUCCGUAUUUGGUCGCCGCGACGUGGGAGGCGAUUUUGGCGCAGAGUAAGCUUGCGGGCCCGGGUUCAGGCAGUGAUCUAUUCCUUCGUUGACUGAUCUGAAUAUUUUUACCCUGAAUAUUUCACAGCUCGGGAGGAUGUCGCAGAUCCGGACCAGGCGGUCGACCUUUUGACCGUCAAGCUCACCGAGCUCGGUCGACGCUUCCACAGCUCGGACGUCGCUUUCCCUCUCCGUAAGUAGACGAUCGCUUCAUGCACAUCCCCUUACGCACAUCGGAAGCUCACUCAAUCACUUUUCGUAUCAACUAGCGGCCCUCGCAACGAUGUUCGAACGUUUCAGCUACGAUAACAAACUUGCCUCUCGAGCCGGAUGGGUCCCCUUGGCGUUCAAGGACGCGGGUGUCCCCCCGUCGACCAUCUUCGCGACGUAUGAUGAGUUGAUCUCUGCCAAAGUGAGCUCACUAUCCCUGGUCAACGAUGCAAGUGGAUGAGCACUGAGUCCCCCCACCUCUUUUCAAGGUCCCACCAUGGCACACCUCCCAAGGCCUCCUCUUCCUCAUCACUUCCGCCACCGCAUUUCUCGAAAACUGGCUGCAAGAAACGACGCACAACCCCGUCGGCUCCACCUCGAUGAGAAGGGACACACCAACGGACGAAUACUCCCUCUUCCCCGCUGCGGACGUGACCACCGCAGUAGGGAAAUGGUUGAUGGGCUUGGGGUCGGGAUCGGUCGCGAGUGCGAAGGAUGUGGUGGGGAGGUUGAACGAGGUGCAGCGCGAGAUUAGGAGGAGGUUUUGA